AUGGAGGCCUUUGAGGAGGUGCUGUGGAAGUCUACCGCAAAAGGCGAGAACAUCAUUGCUGGAGCGAUAGUAGCGGUGGUGGAUAAGAAAGGUAACCUCGUCUACAAGAACGUCGCAGGAUACAACGGCGUCGAAGAAGAUGCCGCCCCUUUGGAAUUCGACCAAACUCUAGCCAUCGCAUCGUGUACGAAGUUAAUCACCGCAAUCGCAGCACUACAGGUCGUGGAAAAAGGGUUCGUCACGCUUGAUGAACCACUCGACAAACACAUCCCCGAACUAGCCAGCCAACCCAUCAUCACAGCGAAAGAAAACAACACUUUCGAACUGAAGUCCGCGACAAAAGCGAUAACAUUACGGCACCUCCUCACGCAUUCAAGCGGUGCCGUAUACGACGUCUUCGACCCAGCCAUUAUGAGCUGGCGAGCCUCCCGCGGCGAGACAUCCAACUUUCCAGCGCCAAACCAGGUCGUCGAAGAAGAAUCACUCAUGCCCCGUUCUUUCGAAGCAGGUGAGGGCUGGAGCUACGGUACAGGGCUCGACUGGACGGGCCUUCUCAUUAGCCGCCUCACCAACACGAACUUUGAGACCCACGUCCAAGAGCACAUCGCAAAGCCGCUGGGCAUCACAUCUUUCACGUUCCAUCUCUUCAGUAAGCCCGAGGUUGAGAAGAAGCUCGUCAAGAUGUCGAACCGCAAUGAAGACGGCACGCUGGGCAUAGGCCGGACACCAUACUUCCCGUCGACUAACGUCGGCGAGGCCGCGGGUCACGGCUUGUACGCCAAUGUCCCAGAUUACACGCGCGUGCUCGCCGACCUCCUGAAAGACGAGCCAGUCCUCCUCGCGAAAGAAUCCGUGGACCAGCUGUUCACUCCACAGUUCGAACAAGGGAGUCUGCCACAACGCGCUCUACAAGCGAACUGGCAAUUUUCCUGGGGCCCGCCACUCGGCCGCUCAAACGAGGGCGUGGUGCCGAACUUCGGACUGGGAGGAUUCAUAAACGAAAAUCAUGUUAAGAGGGAGAACUUUGAGAAGCCGGCGAAGACACUGACGUGGAGUGGGUUGCCGAACUUGCUGUGGAGUGUUAAUAGGGAGAAGGGUUUAGCGCUCAUGGUCGCGCAGCAGACGUCGCCUUGGGCGGAUGAGAAAGCGUGGGUGUUCAACAAUGAGUUUGAGACGGCGGUUUGGCGGGGUCUUGCGAAGUGA